AUGUAAAAUAAUCAAGGUGCAGCAACUUAAGAAUCAUCUAUUAAUUAGGAGAAUAAGUAGGAAACAAGACUAUGUACCAUAUGUUUGGCUUUCUUUGGAACAGCCGCUACAUAAUUUUAUUGUUCAAAAUGUUACUAGUAAUUAUUUGAAUAACUAUUUUCAAUUAGAUCUAUUAUUAAGGAAAGCAAUCAAGAAAUCUAACAAUAGUAACAGAUCGUCUAAGAAAAUAAGUAGUAAGGUGAAGUAGUAAAACAGAAAGAAGACCCAUCGAAAUGCAAAGUUUGUAAAAGAAAGUUAGGAAUAGCUGGUAUAUAAUGCAAAUGCGAGGCAUUUUUUUGCAAUAAACAUCGAUUACCAGAGGAUCACCAAUGCACAUUCGAUCAUGCUGAAAAGGCUAAAUAAUUACUCAUAAAAAACAAUCCCCUUGUGGAUCCCUAAAAGUUAGAAAAAAUAUGA